AUGGCCGGACCCCUGGCUCCAGACUUUGCUUUCUCGCCCCCACCAGGUGGGGGUGAUGGGUCGGGAGGGCUGGAGCCGGGCUGGGUGGACCCCCGAACCUGGCUCAGCUUCCAAGGGCCUCCCGGUGUGCCCGGGGUCGGGCCCGGCGUUGCCCCAGGCUCCGAGGUGCUGGGGAUCUCGCCGUGCCCCCCGCCAUAUGAGUUCUGCGGAGCGAUGGCGUACUGCGGCCCUCAGGUGGGGCUGGGCCUAGUGCCCCAAGUUGGCGUGGAGCCUUCGCAGCCUGAGGGCCCGGCCGGAGCGGGAUCGGAGAGCAGCCCGGAGGGGGCCUCGCCUGGGUCCUGCCCUGUCCGCCCCGGGGCCGUGAAGGUGGAGAAGGUGGAGCCGAGUCCCGAGGAGUCCCAGGACAUGAAAGCCCUGCAGAAGGAACUAGAAGAGUUCGCCAAGCUGCUGAAGCAGAAGAGAAUCACCCUGGGGUACACCCAGGCCGACGUGGGGCUCACCCUGGGCUUUCUCUUUGGAAAGGUGUUCAGCCAGACCACCAUCUGCCGCUUUGAGGCCCUGCAGCUCAGCUUCAAGAACAUGUGUAAGCUACGGCCCAUGCUGGAGAAGUGGGUGGAGGAAGCCGACAGCAAUGAGAACCUUCAGGAGCUUUGCAAAGCGGAGACCCUGGUGCAGGCCCGCAAGAGGAAGCGGACGAGCAUUGAGAACCGCGUGAGGGGAAACCUGGAGAGCAUGUUUCUGCAGUGCCCGAAGCCCACCCUGCAGCAGAUUAGCAUCAUCGCCAAGCAGCUGGGGCUGGAGAAGGACGUGGUGCGCGUGUGGUUCUGCAACCGGCGCCAGAAGGGCAAACGAUCGAGCAUUGACUAUUCCCAACGGGAAGAGUAUGAGGCGGCGGGGUCUCCUUUUCCGGGAGGGCCUGUAUCCUUUCCUCUGCCCCCAGGGCCCCAUUUUGGCGCCCCAGGCUAUGGGAGCCCCCAUUUCACCACGCUCUACUCUUCCGUCCCGUUUCCUGAGGGCGAAGCCUUUCCCAAUAUUCCUGUCACUGCUCUGGGCUCUCCCAUGCAUUCAAGCUGA